AAGGCUGCGUCGGAUCCCCACUUAUACAACACAAUGGCGCGAUAGAUGGUGUGCUCGAUGCAAUUCGUUCAACAUGCGCGGUUUGAGUACGACUGGACCUUACCCGCCCUGGUUCGUACCACCUUGCAAGAUCGCGCAAUCGUAAGCCAAGCUGACAUCAGGCAACUGCUGAUAUAAUAGAGCGGAAUGUAGAGUGGAGGCUAUGUAGUUCUCCGGAGUUCAAGAUACAUAUAAGGAGUAGUACCUAGAGCAAGUACAAGAUAUCAUCAACACAUUGUCACCCUCACUAAAUAAUCAGCUCACUACUCUUUCCAUCACCAUCUCACAUUUUCAACUAUGUCCUACAAGAACGUCAUCAUCAUCGGAGCAGGGGGUAACCUUGGACCCUCUGUCCUAAAAGCUUUUCUCAGCUCCUCAUUCAGCACCAGUGUCCUCACCCGUGAGGGCUCCACUUCCACAUUCCCCUCUGGCGUCAACGUCAUCCGCGCCGAUUACGACAACCAUGAGAGCCUGAAGAAAGCCUUUCAAGGCCAAGACGCCGUCAUCUCCCUCGUCGGUGGUACCGCCCUCGGCGACCAACAGAAGCUCAUUGAUGCCUCCAUCGCCGCGAGCGUCAAGCGCUUCUUCCCCUCAGAAUUCGGCUCUAACACACCGAACCCACGCACCCGCGAAGUGGUCCCCUUAUUCGAGGCCAAGACAGGCGCCGUCGCGUACCUCAAGUCAAAAGAGAACGCGAUCAGCUGGACAUCUGUGAUAACCGGGCCGUUCUUCGACUGGGGCCUGAAGGUCGGCUUUUUGGGAUUCAACCUCCAGGAACACACGUUCACUAUUGUUGACAGCGGCGAUGCGACGUUUUCUACGACAAAUCUGCUGUACGUCGGUAAAGCGCUUGUCGCUGCGCUGGAGAAGGCUGGCCAGACGGAGAAUCAGUAUGUGUAUGUGAGCGAGUUCCAGAUCAGCCAGAAUGAGCUCCUCAAGGCUGCGGAGGAGAUUUCCGGUAAGAAGUUCACUGUCGACAGAGUCAGCGCUGAGGAUCACAUUGCGUUGGGCAACAAGUUGUUGAGCGAGGGGAACCAUGCGGGUGUUGGGCCGCUCAUCCAGUCGAUUACGUUUGGUGACGAGGGGUUGGGCGAUUUGAGCAAGAAUGGGUUGUGGAAUGAGAAGCUGGGCCUUGAGGCGGAGAGCAUUGAGGACUCAAUUAGGGCUGGGUUCGCUGGCAAAUUGUUGCAUGAGGUGUAGACAGGCAAGCAGCGGUUUUCAUAGGCGUCUAAAUGGGUAUCUACAAGUUCUCGUAUUGUCUGCGCUGUGCUUUGGCAUGUGCAUGCUUUCGUGGUCUACUUUUCCGUGCCCAUUAGGCUGUCUGGUACCCCACCUGAACUCCUUCAGCCAGCAAGUCGCUUACUUCAAGAAAGUGUUCACCGGCAGACGGUACACAUCGAUGGUCCAGUACGGCCUCCUUGUACCCUCCCACUCCUUACUUCCGUGCAGACCCGAGGGGACCUUGAUGUCCUCCCAAGUGGUAUCGAAACCAGCUUCAUACAAAUCGAUCUCAGACACCUUAGUGUAGACAUCGUAGCAGAUCUGUCGGUCAGCGCCGAGA